AAGGGAAGUGUCACAUCUCAGGCUGAGAAUCCAAAGUGUCGGUCCUGCUGCUCCAGGGAACCCCCCUCCUCCUCCUCCUCCGCUGCCCAAUCAGCAACUGUCACCGGCCGACGACCCCCCCCCCCCGCCGACUCUGCUGCAAAGCGACUCAAUCCCCCCCCAGCAUAGCCGCCAGUUGUCUCUGCACUGGAAGGAGCCGGUACCAUCUCAGCACAAGAGCCCCCCCCAACUAAUCCUGCUACAGACUCCCGGCACCCUCCCAGCACUGAGACCCCCCAUUCCAUGAAAGCAGCACAACUCCCUGCACCCUUGUGUCACAGGGAGUGAGAGAGUCUGGCAGGGACACCCCCCCCCCCAGUCGUUUGAGCCUCAGGCAGCAGUUCUGGCACCAGACACAGGGGGGGGGGGUUGGUUCUGUGCAGCCCAGGGCCCCUCCAUAGAAACCAUAUCAGCAGCAGCAGGGGGGUCCAGUAUCAGGACACACUUCAUCUUUUGGACAUUUUCCUGUGAACUCAUUGCUGCCCCCCCAGCCCACAACCGACCCAACAGCACCAGGUGCCCCCCCCACCCUUCUGUCUCCUUCAUGUCGGACUCAGGCCACGCGGGCGUUAAUCACAUUUAGGAUGUCGGAUGGACACGACUUUGUGCGACUGUUGGGGUCGCAGGACAGGGGGGAAGAGCUGGAGCUGAAUGGGACAUUCUCAGAGGACAGUCCCCAAUCAGGGAGGAGCAGCCGGGACCACUCGGCCGAGAGGAGAACCAGCAGCAUCAUGAAGGAUGGUUCUCGGCAGAAACAGAAGAAGACCGUCUCCUUCAGCACAAUGUCCAACAAAAGAAAGAUCAACAGCACUGCCGCUUGCAUCUCCUCCAUGAUGGAAGGCUGUGAAAUGAAGAAGGUGCGUUCAAACUCCAGGAUGUACAAUCGAUUCUUUCUGCUGGAUCCAGAUAUGCGCUUUCUUCGUUGGGAACCAUCCAAGAAGGACUCUGAAAAGGCAAAGCUGGAGAUUAAGUCAAUUCGUGAAGUCCGGGUAGGAAAGAAAACACCUGUGCUGAGGAGCAAUGGAUUGUCUGACCAGUUCCCAGAGGAAUGUGCCUUCUCCAUCCUUUAUGGGGAGAACUAUGAGUCCUUGGAUCUUGUUGCAAGCACAGCUGAUAUUGUCAAUACCUGGGUUAUGGGGCUUAGGUACUUAGUAUCUUAUGGAAAGCACACGCCAGAUGUUGUGGGUGCUAAUCAAACAAGCCUGAGAACUCUGUGGAUCUCAUCCCUCUUUGAGAUUGCAGAUUUAAAUAAAGAAGGGCACAUCCCAUUGCAGAGAGCCAUUCAGCUUAUCAAAGGUCUUAGCCCUGGCAUGAAAACCUCAACUGUGGAGCUAAAAUUUAAGGAGAUUCAAAAAGCAAGUGAAAAGUUUGGAGGACAUGUGACCUGUGAUGUGUUUGUUGAAGCCUAUUGUGAACUCUGUACCAGACCAGAAAUAUUUUUUCUCUUGGUUCAGUUCUCUAGCAAUAAGGAGUACUUGGACUUGAAAGACCUCAUGAUUUUCAUGGAACUAGAACAGGGUAUGGAAGAAGUCAAUGAAAACACAUCGCUUGAAAUCAUUAAUAAGUAUGAAACCACUAAAGAAGGCACAGAAAAGGGUUAUCUUACCAUUGAUGGGUUUACACGGUACCUUCUAUCAUCUGACUGUCAUGUUUUUGAUCCUCACCACAAAAGCAUUUGCCAGGACAUGACCAAACCUUUAACUCAUUAUUACAUCAAUUCAGCCCACAGCGCAUGCCAAAUGGAAGACCACUACUGGGGCAUGGCGGACAUCAGUGGGUACAUCUAUGCCUUGAAGAUGGGUUGUAGGAGCAUAGAGCUUGUUGUUUGGGAUGGGCCUGAUAACGAGCCUCUUAUCUACCUUAGUCUUUCUGUUGUAUCACAUGUAUCUUUCCGUAGUGUCAUCAAUGUCAUAGAUAAAUAUGCAUUUGAAACAUCGGACUACCCACUGAUCAUAUGCCUUGUGAUUCACUGCUCUGUCAAGCAGCAGCACCUUAUGGCCCAUUGCUUAAAAGAGGUUCUUGGAGAUAAACUUUAUCAUUUCCCAGCAUGCCCCAACGAAUCAUGCAUGCCCUCUCCAGAGCAGCUUAAGGGGAAGAUCCUCAUAAAAGGAAAGAAACUUUCUCCAGAACACUCCGAUUCUGAGGGGGAUGUGACGGAUGAGGAUGAAGGCAUGGAGAUUGCUAAAAGACUGGGAAAUGAUGGAGAGGAACAUCUCUGUGAAGGAGGACUCAGAAAGCUGCGCCUGUGCAAAGAACUUUCUGACUUGGUGAAUUUGUGUCAGUCAGUAAAAUUCAGGGACUUUGAGACAUCAAGAAGUAGCCAGAAGUUCUGGCAAGUGUGCUCCUUCAAUGAAGUGACCGCAAGCCGGUUUUCCAAUGAAUAUCCUGAGGAGUUUGUGAGGUACAAUAAGAAGUUUCUUUCCAGGGUAUACCCAAGCUCCAUGCGCAUAGACGCCAGCAAUAUGAAUCCUCAGGACUUCUGGAAGUGCGGCUGUCAGAUUGUGGCAAUGAAUUUCCAGACUCCUGGACUUAUGAUGGAUCUUAAUGCUGGCUGGUUUCGCCAAAACGGGAACUGUGGCUAUGUCCUCCGACCAGCGAUUAUGAGAGAGGAGGUGUCUUAUUUCAGCGCCAACGCUAAAGAUUCCUUGCCUGGUGUCUCCGCUCAGCUCCUUCAUAUUAAAAUUAUCAGUGGACAGAACCUCCCAAAACCCAAAGGAUCAGGUGCCAAAGGGGACGUAGUGGAGCCAUAUGUUUAUGUGGAGACACAUGGAAUUCCCGCCGACUGCGCAGAGCACAGGACAAAGACAGUGACACAAAAUGGAGACAAUCCCAUAUUUGAUGAAAGUUUUGAGUUCCACAUCAACCUUCCAGAGUUGGCCAUUCUGCGUUUUGUAGUUUUAGAUGAUGACUACAUUGGCGAUGAAUUUAUUGCACAGUACACCAUUCCCUUUGAGUGUUUGCAAACUGGCUUCCGACAUGUUCCACUGCAGUCUCUAACUGGAGAGUUCCUUCAGAACACCACCUUGUUUGUCCACAUCGCCAUUACCAACCGGCGCGGGGGUGGGAAGGCCCAAAAAAAGGGCCUUUAUGUCCGCAAGGGGAAAAAAGUCAGAGAGUAUACAUCAACCAAGACGACGGGCAUCAAGGCAAUAGAUGAGGCGUUUAGAACUGCGAUACCGUCCCUGCGAGAGGCCACCGAUCUCCGAGAGAACGUGCAGAAUGCACUGGUGUCCUUUAAGGAAUUGUGUGGCCUGAGUCCGGCGGCCAAUAUGAAGCAGUGUAUCCUCACAGUGUCGGCCUGGCUGCUCAGCAACGACAGUCCCUUGGCUGUGACCCUCAACCUUCACUCUCAGUAUCCAACUCUGGAAGCCCAGGGACCGGUCCCAGAGCUGCUCAAGAAGGUCCUUGCUUCUUAUGAUGCGUUCAUCCAAGCCAGCCGGACAUUAAUAGAAACGGCAGAUGUUGUUUACAGCAAAAUAAUUCAGGUGCAGAAGGCAGGAAUGGGGUUCCACGAGGACCUUCAUCGGAUCGGCGCCAAAGAGGGUCUGAAGGGGAGGAAGCUGCAGAAAGCCAUGGAGAGUUUUGCCUGGAACAUAACUGUGUUAAAGGGCCAAGCGGACCUCCUGAAACUCGCUGAGAAUGAAGCCGUGGAGCACGUGAGGCAGAUCCACCACGCCGGCCAGUCAAGCGGCAUCAGUCGGACCAGCGCCCACUCCCCUUCUUUUGCCUUGUUGAGGCCACGGGGGGUCUUGGAAUCCAUCCCUGAGAAUGAAAGUGGGGGAAACAGCAGUUCUUGAAGAUCCUCUUAGACAAAAGCAACAAGCUGAUGAGCCAAAGCUACUGUGAUCUGAACUGUCCUACAGGAGCCUCUCAUACCCACUACAUGAACAUCUGAUUCCUCCUGGGACAGAACCGCAGGAACUUACAUUGUUUUAAACUGUUCUUAUGGAAGUGAAGGAUUGACUUUCAACUGUGCAAACCCUUUUAAUUUUAAAGUAUUGACAGACCAGCCUCCCCAUCUCCACGCUCAGAAUGAGGUUUGGCCUCCAGAGGAGAAAAGUCUACUGCUACCUCUACCCACAUUCUCUGUCCCUCCUGAUCUCUCUUUGUGUAUCUGAAGGAAUCACUAGUGGUUUAAAUACACUCAUUCAGGUCUUCA